AUGACAUUAAACACUUACGAAACAAUAUAUAUUUUGAAGCCAGAUGUCACAGAAAAUAUUAAUUUAGAAUUAGUAAAUAUAUAUAAAAAACUAAUAAAAGAACAUGGAGGACAAAAAAUUUUAGUACAACAUAGAGGGAGAAGACAUUUAAGCUAUAAUAUUACACAUUAUUAUGAUGGUAUAUAUAUACAAAUGAAUUAUGAAGGUAACGGACAUUUAGUAAAACUUAUUGAGAAAUCUAUGAAAUUUAAUAAUCAUAUAAUUAGAUUUUUAACUGUACGCCAAAACCCGCUAAUAGACGUAAAUAUAUAG